GGACUGUUCUCCGGGUAAACACGCUGCUCAGCUCCGCUGCCUCAGUGUCCGUUAGCUCCGCAGCAAGUGGAGCAGGAGGGAGAGAAACACCGUCUGAUACCGAGCACAGAGCGGACAUCUGGACCAGCAAGAGCCGAAGAGGUUGCCUCCAGCCCCACUGGUCUGUGUGCGCUCAGAGAUGCGGGCCUCGCUGUUGACGCUGCUCUGCGUUGUGGCUGCUGCCGCUGCCCAGGUGCCUGACUACGCCCACGGCUGCGCUCAUGGCAGCUGCUACCCGGCAACAGGGGACUUGCUGGUCGGAAGAGAGAAGAAUCUGAAGGCCUCAUCUUCAUGUGGGAUGAGGAGAAAAGAGCAGUACUGUAUCGUCAGUCAUCUUCAGGAUGAGAAGAAGUGUUUCGACUGUGACUCUAGACGGCCAUAUGACCCUGUCUACAACACGAUCAAUCACCGGAUAGACAACGUUAUCACCGCCUUCAAACCUCACCGCAAGAAGUCCUGGUGGCAAUCUGAGAAUGGAAAGUCUGAUGUCUUUAUCCAAUUGGAUCUGGAAGCAGAGUUUCAUUUCACUCACUUGAUCAUGACCUACAAGACCUUCCGUCCAGCGGCCAUGCUGAUCGAACGCUCGGCAGAUUUCGGUCGCACCUGGCAGGUCUACCGCUACUUCGCCCACGACUGCGCCGCUGCCUUCCCAGGAAUCUCCCAGGGCCCUUUGCGUAACAUUAAUGAUAUCAUCUGUGAGUCGCGUUAUUCUGACAUUGAGCCAUCAACAGAGGGAGAGGUCAUCUACAGAGUGUUGGAGCCAGCCAUCAGGAUUGAAGAUCCAUACAGCCCGGACAUCCAGAACCAGCUGAAGAUCACCAACCUGAGAGUGAACUUCACCAAACUUCACACACUAGGAGACAACCUGCUGGACCCAAGAGCAGAAAUAAAGGAGAAGUAUUACUACGCCAUAUAUGAGCUUGUCGUACGAGGAAACUGCUUUUGCUACGGCCACGCCUCGGAGUGCGCCCCCAUCAACGGCAUCAGGGAUGAUAUAGAAGGAAUGGUUCACGGCAGGUGUGUGUGUAACCAUAACACCAAGGGUUUGAACUGUGAGCUUUGUGAUGACUUCCACAAUGACCUGCCCUGGAAACCAGCUGAAGGUCGCAACACCAACGCCUGCAAGAAGUGUAACUGUAACGGCCACUCCACCACGUGCCACUUUGACAUGGCGGUGUAUUUGGCCACGGGCAACACCAGUGGAGGAGUGUGUGACGACUGUCAGCACAACACCAUGGGACGUAACUGUGAGAUGUGCAAACCGUUCUACUACAAAGACCCAAUCAAGGAUAUGAGGGACCCCCGCGUUUGCGUAGCGUGUGACUGCGACCCGGAUGGAUCUCAGAAUGGGGGGAUGUGUGACAGCCACACAGACCCUUCCCUCGGCAUGGUGGGAGGUCAGUGCCGCUGCAAGGCCAACGUCGAGGGGCCGCGUUGUGACAAGUGUAAAACCGGCUUCUUUGGCCUAAGCGCCGAAAACCCUCAGGGCUGUCAACCUUGCUGGUGCGACAACAGAGGAACCGUGUCAGGAAGCUCCCAGUGUGACCCCAUCAGUGGAGACUGCUUCUGCAAGCGACUGGUCACUGGACGCAGCUGUGACCAGUGUCUGUCCGAACACUGGGCACUGAGCCACGACCUGAACGGCUGCAGAGGUUGCGAGUGCGACAUCGGAGGAGCGCUGGACAACCACUGCUCCAUGGAGAGCGGUCAGUGUCGCUGCCGCGCUCACAUGAUGGGACGCGAGUGUACGCAGGUGGAGUCCGGAUAUUUCUUCAUGGCUGUGGAUCACUUCCUGUAUGAGGCAGAGUUGGCCAAAAUGGGACAGGGCUGUAUGCUGGAGACUAAGGAGCACCAGCCAGGUCGACCUGCCACCUGGACGGGAAUGGGGUUCGCCCGGGUUCCUGAGGGCGGCACCCUGGAGUUCCUCAUCACUAACAUUCCCUACUCCAUGGAAUAUGACCUGCUCAUUCGCUAUGAGUCUCAGAUGCCACGGGACUGGGAGGAGGUGCGGAUAACGGUGAUCCGUCCAGGGCCGAUUCCUACCAGUAGCCCGUGUGGAAACACCAUCCCAGAUGAUGACAAGCUCACAGUCUCCCUGCACGCUGGAGCCAGGUUUAUGGUCCCUCCUCAGCCUGUGUGUCUGGAGAAGGGUGUGACAUACACCCUCCGCUUUGAGUUCCGCCGCUAUCAUGAUGCCAACAGUAUCCUCACCGGAGCCGACGCCGUCAUCCUUGUGGACUCGAUCUCCUUGAUGCCACGCCACUUCUCCAUGGAGAUGUUCAACGCAGGGGAUUCAGCCUCGAACAUCAGGAAGCAGACCUAUGAGCGGUACCGCUGCCACGAGGUGGCGAAGAGUGUGACCCGUCCGCUGAUGAGUGACACCUGUGCCAAGCUCAUCACCAGCAUGUCGGCCAUCGUAAAUGACGGCGCUCUGCCUUGUAAUUGCGACCUCCAGGGCUCCGUCAGCUCUUUGUGUGAUGUCCGCGGGGGCCAGUGCCGCUGCAGGCCCAAUGUGAUUGGUCGACGUUGUGACCAGUGUGCGCCUGGAACUUACGGCUUCGGACCCUCAGGCUGCAUAGCCUGCGGGUGCAGCUUGGAAGGCUCUCUCAGUCGCCUCUGUGACAAGUUCACCGGUCAGUGCCAGUGCCGCCCAGGGGCGUUUGGUCAGCAUUGUGACGGGUGCCAGGCAGGUCACUGGGGCUUCCCCAACUGCCGACCAUGCCAGUGUAACGGACACGCAGACAAGUGUGACCAGAGAACUGGAGCCUGCAUCAAAUGCAAGGACAACACUGGAGGAGACAAGUGUGAAAGGUGUGCCAAUGGUUACUACGGUAACCCAGUUCUGGGCAUACCAUUUAGUGGCCAGUGUCGUCCGUGCCCCUGUCCAGACGGUCCCAACAGCGGACGCCACUUUGCUGCCUCUUGUUACCAGGACAACCGUAACAGGCAAAUUAUCUGCAACUGUAACCAGGGUUACACAGGUGAUCGAUGUGAUGAAUGUGCCCCGGGAUAUUUUGGCAACCCCUCGCAACCUGGGGGGCACUGCCGGCCGUGCCAGUGCCACAACAACAUAGACAUGUCGGACAUGGAUGCGUGUGACAGGCAAACCGGAGAGUGCAGGAAAUGCCUCUACAACACUGAGGGCCCGAGCUGUGGCAUCUGCAAGAGCGGCUAUUUCGGAGAUGCUUCACGACGCAACUGCAGGAAGUGCACUUGUAACUUCCUGGGUACUGAUAGCAGCCAGUGUAUGGAGCGGGGAGACUGUGUGUGCCAGCGCUCCACAGGCCAGUGCCAGUGUCUGCAAAACGUCAUAGGUCUGACAUGUGACCACUGUGCCCCCAACCACUGGAACCUGGCCAGCGGGAAAGCCUGUGAGACCUGCGGCUGUGACCCCAACAACUCUGUAACCUCCUCCUGUAAUGAGUUUACUGGUCAGUGUCAAUGUCGUGAUGGCUUUGGAGGGAAGACGUGCACAGACUGUCAGGAGAACUACUGGGGAGACCCCAGGACGCAGUGCAGAGGAUGUGACUGUGACUGGCGGGGUAUCGAGACCUCUCAGUGUAACCGCGUGACUGGACACUGCGUUUGCCAGCAGGGGGUGUCAGGUGUGCGCUGUGAUCAGUGUGCGAGAGGCUUCUCUGGCCAGUUCCCCAACUGUCAGCCCUGCCACCAGUGCUUCGGGGAUUGGGAUCGCAUUGUUCAGGACCUGGCAGUGCGCACCAAGGCUCUGGCAGAGCGUGCCCAUGAGAUUCAGACCACUGGGCUCACUGGCGCCUAUGAGAAGGCCUUCAGAGACCUGGAGGAGAAACUGGCAAAGGCUCAGGGAAUCGUUAAUGCACGCAAUGCCACCGCUGCAGCUGUAGCUACCCUAAUGGAGCUUAUCGAAGAUCUAAGGGCACAGAUCGGUGAGACCACGGACACCCUGAACCGUCUGGAAGGAGACCUAACCAUCGUACAGGACAGCAACUCUGAGGCAAGCAAGGAGCUGAGCGCUCUGGAGCGAGAGGCCAAAGAACUAAACCUCACUUCUGAGCAGCUACACCAUCAGCUGGACGUCCUGAAAAACUCUAACUUCCUAGGUGCAUACGACAGCAUCCGUAGCUCCUACAACAAGUCUCGUGAUGCUGAGAGGCGUGCCAACGCGUCGACAACCACCAGGCCCAGCACAGUCAGCCAAUCUGCAGACACCCGCCGCCGCACCGAGCGCCUUAUCACCGCCAAGAAGGACGACUUCAACCGUAAAAAUGCAGCUAACAAGCGUGCGCUGGGAGAACUCAGCACCAGAGCACAGGGUUUGGACAUAAAGAAGAUCAACGAAAAGGUGUGUGGUGCCCCGGGUGAUGCUCCCUGUGGGGAAAGCCCAUGUGGGGGUGCAGGUUGCCGUGACGAUGAGGGAAACCGUCACUGUGGAGGCCUGAACUGUAACGGGGCUGUGUCGGUAGCUGACAAUGCUUUGGAGAGAGCCAAACACGCGGAGAAGGAGCUGAACAAAGCUAUGGGAGAGGUGGAGGGACUCUUCACCAAGGUGGCAGAGGCCAAGACCAAAGCAGAAGAGGCCAAGGGUAAAGCCCAAGCAGCUCUGGACAAAGCCACAGCCACAAAAAACAAAGUGGAGCGCUCCAACAAUGACCUGAGAGACCUCAUCAAACAGAUCAGAGACUUCCUCACUCAGGAGGGAGCUGAUCCAGACAGUAUUGAGGCAGUGGCAAACCAUGUUUUGGAGCUCUCCAUCCCAGCUUCACCCCUCCAGAUCAGACAUCUUGCUGAUGAAAUUAAGGAUCGGGUUCGCAGCCUCUCAAAUGUGGAUGCCAUCCUGGCGCAGACACAGAGCGAUGUCCGCAAGGCAGAACAACUGCUGCUGGAUGCCAAGAGGGCAAGGCAUCAUUCUGAGGAAGUAAAGACGACAGCAGAGACAGUAAAACAGGCCUUGGUGGAUGCUAAGACUACCCAGACCUCAGCAGAGAAAGCCAUAGCAAGAGCCAAAGCUGACAUUGACAUGACUGAGACCCGACUGGCACAGAUCGAGUCAGAGACGUCCAAUGGUGAGAAGGACCUGAAUGAUGCCAUGGAGCGCCUGGGCACACUGGGACAGGAGAUCAAUGCCCUGAAGACCAAACGUGCCAACAACAGCAUGGCAGCGGCCCGAGCUGAAGAGACAGCCACCAUGGCACGAGACAAAGCAAAUGAAGCCAAGCAGAUUCUAGAUGGCCAGCUGACAGACAAAUACCACGAGGUGCAGCAGCGGGUUGACAGCAAGGCCAAGGCCGUGCAGGACGCAAAGAAAAGAGCUGAGGGUCUCAGAGACGACGCAAAGGAACUACUGAAGGAUGCCCAGAACAAGCUGCAGAGACUAGCAGAGCUAGAAAAGAACUAUGAGGAGAACCAGAGGAGGCUGGAGGGGAAAGCUCGUCAGUUGGACGGCUUGGAGGACAAGAUGAAAGCCAUCCUCAAUGACAUCAACAAACAGAUCCAGAUCUACAACACGUGUCAGUAACUGACUUCUCUGUGCUGUGUGAAAACGGGUCCAGCAACCUGUCAUUUAGCUAUUUCCUUCAGAUACAGUUAGCUGUCAACGGACUUUGAGGAAAUGAAUUAAAGAAGGCUGGGGUUGUUUAGUACUCUGCAAGUGAAUCUGAAUAUUUAAAAUACUGUCUUGUAUUAAAAAACAUUGCCAAAAAUGUUGAUAUAUGAACAUACUCAUGACUGAACACUUAAAUGUUGUCUUGAGGCCACACAUUUUAUUUGCAUGAAUAUUUAACUUUUUGAAAAGAAUGGUUUGCGAACAAGCUGUUUGAAUGUUUAUUGUUUGUUUUUGUAACUUAGAGUGACAGCUGCAUAAUCAGCAGAUCAUCCUGUUUUCUCCAACUUUUUAUAUGAACUCUGUUACUACUGGAAGUAUAUUCUGAGCUGUGCUCAUCACAAGAAGACUUCAUUUAAAUUGUACAGAAUAAACCUCGGAACAGAGACAAACAGUAGGCUCGAGGAAAUGGCCCCUUGUCCCUGUGAAAUUUAGGUGCUAUAUGUACAUUUUUUAUAUUGCUACAUAACCAAUGUUAGCAUUAACAACUGUGUACCAAGCAGUCCACAAAUGUUGCAAGUUCAACAUGGAAUCACUCGCUUCUGCUACAGUCAGUAUGCUAAUCCGCUAGCACCACCCUGUCCUAUCAGUGGCAAACAAAACGUACAUGCAGCCCUGUUAAGGACAUGCCUUUCCAGUAAGGAUAAAGAGAAGAACAGGGUUGUUGCGUUUAUGUAGAUUUUUAAUUUAGAGUUUUCAAUUAAAAGUCACACCUGAAAUGGUGCUAUUUUUUUCCAUUACAUCUGCCUUUUUACAAAUACUAACAAGUAAACAAAUGGUAUGAUAUGACCAUUGUAUUUAAAAAAUAAACGAACUGUCGGACUUGCUAACCCAACUGCAGCAGGAGGAUUCUGGGAAUGCAGUGUCAGAAUUGAUUAAUAAAUAAGACCUAGGUUUCAGUGGAAUGGGAUGUGUUCCGAAGUGGUCAAUGUCACAUUUAGGUUUGAUUUGGCUUUCUUUGAUUUAGCUUAUGCUAAGCUAAGCCUAGCUAUACGAAGAAAAUAGUUAAAAUCAGCGCCUAUAGAAAUCAUUGAUGAACAUGUUCCAUCAAGUCACCACCAGGAUUCAUUUUUCAAUGUUAAACCCAUGAUGCACAUAUUGUCAAUGUUUAUCAAAUAUGCUGUAAUGGGAUUUUUUCUAUACAGUCUAUGGAUGAAAUAUGUACAAGCUGCAGAACAUGUUGCCUCACUGAAGUGACAUUGAAUUCUACAGUACAAACACUGUUUUAUAGUGCUGUGCCGAUAUACUUGCAUACUGAUUGCAUGACAGUGUGUGUUUCAGGAAACAUAAAUCAGAAAAAGAAUUGUACACAUAUUUCCCCCAGCCUGUGUAUCAGCUGGUAUUUUGAUAUAUAAUUGCCAGAGCAAAAAUACCAAAAGAUGCUUGUGUAAAUUUUUGUCAAUAAAGUUUAAGUAACUUAA